AGGGGCCGCCCCGGAUCGAGCCCCGUGUGCCCAGUCUCAGGCUCCGCCUCCCCCGGCGCCGCGGCGGGUGAGAGGUCAGGCGGGGAGGGCGAUGAUGAUGGCGGCGGCGGAGCAGCUGCGGGUCGGUGUGAAGGCGAGAUCCAGCCGGAGACGCGCAGGAAAUAAACAAUCAAGUAUUUUGAAAAAUGAAGAUGUAGCACAAAGGAGGGCAGCACUUGAGGCUGCUAUUAGAAAGAAGUUUGAAUAUGAGAAAAAAGCUCUGCGUGUUGUUGAACAGCUAUUGGAGGAAGAUAUUACAGAAGAGUUCCUCGUGAAUUGUGGAAGUUUUAUUACCCCAUCUCACUAUAAGGAUGCUGUGGAGGAGCGUUUUAUCAUCAAACUCUGUGGCUAUCCCUUAUGUCGAAAUGGGCUAGAAAAUGUGCCAAAACAGAAGUACAGAGUUUCAACAAAAACAAACAAAGUUUAUGAUAUUACAGAAAGAAAGUGUUUUUGCAGCAAUUUUUGUUACAGAGCAUCUAAAUAUUUUGAAGCUCAGAUUCCCAAAAGUCCAGUGUGGAUGCGAGAAGAAGAAAGACCACCAGAUAUAGAACUGCUGAAGGAGGGGCAAAGUGGCCAGUCUGGGGAAGAAGUAAAACUACAUGAUGAAGUCAUUAAAGUCUCAGAUAUUGAAAAUCCUAAGACAUCAGCAAGCCAGUGUGACUCUGCUUCCCAUGGCACAUACAGUGACAGCAGCAGUGAUACUGAACAAGAAUUUGUUUCCUCUAUUCUACCAGAAAAUCGAUCAAAUGCAACCAGUCUGGUGCAACCAUUGCACAAAAAAAGUAUACUCAAAAAGAAGCCUGGUCAAAAUAUAAACUCCACGCAUAGAGAUGGAGACCAUAGAGUGAUAAAUGUCACCAAACAAUUAAGUGAGUGCAAAUUAGAUAUCCAGGAAAAAAAGAGUUCUUGUUCUGUUACUGGCAUUUCUUCAGACAUUAUUAUAUCAGAAAACUUAAAAAAUCCAGAAAACUAUGAAAGUAGGUGUAAUGGUUCACAAGUAGUUUUGCUAGGUGUGAGCAAAGAGGGGGCAGAACAACUCAAAAAAAUACUUGCUAAAUCAAAGCAGCAUAUCAAACCUGAAAUGAAUGCACCAGUUGAUUCCCUUACUGCUACACGUAAUGUGUUAGAUGUGCUUAAGCAGACUUUUAUUGAAUGGAGAACUGAAGAAACUUACAAGUUUCUCUGUGGAUCCAGCUAUGCUACUGUACACUUACCAGAACACACAUCAGCUGUCAACUGUGAGAAAGAAGAACUUGAUGAGGAUGACUUAGAAACAGCAGAUGACCUUAAUGACGCUGCUGCUGCUACAAGGGAAUCUAAAAACAGUUUGAACCAGUCUUUGCCUUUUGGGGGCACAGGUGCAACAGUUAAACCUUUGCCUAGCUAUGAAAAACUAAAAGAAGAAACAGAACUAUUAGGUCUAAGAGUAAAGGAAUUCUAUAAAGGAAAAUGCCUCUUGACUGAAGAAGCAACAACACAGGUGGAAGGAGCAGAGCAUCCUAGCAGUGUUAAAGAUGACCAGCAGGGUGAUCCCAUCCUCCCGCUUGUAGAUUCUCAUGCCCAAAUGCAGAUUCGAAAGCAGAUUGUACUUGAAAAAUUGAGAAAAGUAUUGCCUGCAGUUUUGGGUCCUCUUCAGAUUACACUAGGUGAUGUUUACAUGGAGCUGAAAAAUCUUGUCAAAACUUUCAGGUUAACAAAUACAAAUAUUAUUCACAAAAUGCCGGAAUGGACCCUAAUUGCUGUUGUGUUGUUAUCAGCACUGCCCUUUGACAUCCAGUGAAGAGGCUUACCCAAAUAUUACUGAAUACUGCACCAAAGCCUGGCAUGGAGCGGGAACAACUUUAAAAUGAUGCACAGACCAAAUGCUUUAUUCGCUUGCUAAUUAGUUUUGUAAGUUCAGUGGUGGUGGUUUGCAGACACUCCUUUUAGGAAUGUUUAGAGUUUACAUUUGAUAUUAUAGUAAUAUCUGUGAUAUAAUGCAGUAUAAAACAAAGUACUGGAAGAUAUAGCUUUCCCCCAAAGAUCUUUGCUUGAUAUCAAAUGAAGCAGAUAAAUUUAUAUAUACACAGUAUUUAAAGAAAGAGGAAAUCGGAAGGUAGGGAAGAUUGUAUACCCCUGAUACGGUCUAAUGGAAAAGCUUUCAAGAUAUUCACAAGAAAUGUCUGCUUUCAUUUUAUUUAUCUGAACUGGCUGGUUCCAGUGAACUGUGGUCAGUUUCAUCUGCAAAGUCCAUGCAACAGUUUUUCCCUCUAAAAGCUUGAGAGCAUUUCAAAACGUCCUGGGAUUAGUGGGUAAGCAUUAGGAUUCAGUAUUUAAACAAACUCAAAACGACCAUGAUCACUAAACAAAAGCCUACGUUAGACAUGUGCAGCCACUUUAGGUAAAUGUGUCAUGUGGAGAUGUACUCUAGAGGUUUAGUCUCAGAGAUGACAAUGCAGGGACUGAAGAAUCUGGAUACAAGUGAUUGUUUUUAGUUCACAGACAAUAUUUAUAGCAUACCUAUUGCUCGAAAGAAAAGGCAUAAAGAAAUCUCUCUAAAUCGUUUCAAGAGGAAUUUGCCUUUUCAGAAAUUUCUGUUGCAUGUGUUUAUGCUAA